CAACAACAUACACUCCUGCUCUACUACAGCUACAGGAAUUGGUCUGUCUUCUCUUGACUCGUCAAUUGCUUUUAGGAAAUCGAGUUUCAAAUAAUGAGAUCCUCGUUAAUAUAUUGCAAACGCCCCAUCUGUCAAACAUGUGAAUUUAUUGCUUCAAAGCCACGAGCUCACUUAGCCCGUCCGUUUACCUCUCUCCGCUUGCCCGCACGAGCUUCCUCUCGAACGCGACUUCCUCAAUAUCCACCAUGCAGUUCAACGAAGCUCUCCAGCAAAUUGCAGUCCUUAAAUAAACAGGCACGCUUGGUUUCUUAUCAAGCAGACGUUCUUCCUAUUGCCGAAGAUGAGCUCGAAGCUGCCUUGUCCAACAUGGAAGAGCUGCUCGAAUCCGACACGGUCCCUUCCGAACCGGAAACAAUAGAUAUCCUGCAGCUCUUUCAAGUCAUGGCGAUAGAAUUAAUGGGAUCUGUGGCUCAGGGUCCAGUUUCGCCGGUCGGGUCAAACAACAAGCAAACUCCGGCGUCAGCUCUAUUAUCCCUAGAUCCCCAGUCUCAACCGCCUGCCCUCUCCCCCGCUGUGUCUCGCGCAGUAGACACGAUCUCCAAAGCAUGCUAUGAGAUCAUGAUACAUCCAAAUAUAUUGAUCGACCAAGAUGUCCUCAAAACAUAUGUGCGCAUCCAGAGUCUUCUUCGACGGCCUGAGACUUUUCCGGAAAUAUUUCACCUAUAUGCGACGAAGCUCCUCGCUAUUCCUGGCACUUCUCCACCUAGAUUCCAAACACCAAAUCCGAAAAAUGCAAAGUUUGCUAUUCCGGCACCUAUUGCCGAGACCGCUCUACAAACUGCCAUUGCGGUGAAAGGUCUUCCCCUCGCAAUGGAGAUUAUUGAGACGAGCUAUGGUGCGCCGGCGUUUCGACGGGCGAAGAUCAUUCGCAAAGCAAUCCCUCCAUUAGCUGGCGCUGCAUUGGCACCCGCCGCGGCGUAUACGCUCGCCAUGCAGUUUGCCGAAUUCCAGGACUCAAUGAGCUCGACAACCGCGACAAGUAUCGCCUUCGUUGGCAUAAUGACGUAUUUGGGAGCUGCCGCGACAAUUGGUGUCGUGGCGUUGACUACCACCAGCCACCACAUGGACAGAGUCACCUGGAUGCCAGGAAUUAGUCUGCGGCAACGGUGGCUGAGAGAGGAAGAGAGGGCGGCGAUUGAUCGCCUGGCACAGGCAUUUGGCUUCAGAGAAAUUUCAAAAAGGGGAGAAGAGGAGGGCCCUGGCUGGGAAGCUCUCAAAUACUGGGCAGCUGAUCGCGGUAUGUUUUUAGACCGAACAGACUUGAUGGAGGGUAUGGAGUGAAAUGAAGCUACCGAUGCGGUACUUUAAACCCCCUCUUUGCAGAUUCAAUACUCAGCUUUUAAUGUACAAUCAUCAAACCAAUACCAAGAAAGAU